AUGGGGAGGAGAGGACUCUUCCCCAGAGCCCAACACUGGCCUCCUUUAUCUGGGCCAUCUUUCUUCUCGGCUGCUAGUGCGCAUCUACAAUCCCUAGGGGUGGCUUUAGUCGCCGGCGAAGACAGAGGCUGGGCCACCUUCCUUGUAUUCGGGCGCCGACGCUUCAGGGGAGAUCUGGCCAAUGCAAAAAGGGCUGUUGCUUCAGGGGAUUUAGACCCCUCUGUUCUUCCACUUGCAUGCCUUGCUCCAGAACCCUAG